AAUGCCAGCUUUAUGUGUAAAACUUUUAUUAAUCUGUAACACCUCUACUUAAAACUCACUACCAGUUCCCUGUUCCACUUCUGAAAUUAACAUGGUAGCACCACAUGUAAUAGUCUGAAUUGUGGAACAUAAAUCUUUUUUGGUAAAAAAAAAAAAUCUGCAGAAAGAACCCUCUGUGUCAGAUAUUCCAAAUAAAGCAAUUACCUGUGAAAUUGCCCCAUCAUGUGGCUCCCCCUGCUGGUGGUGCUGUUGGCCCUGUUCUUCCUAUACAGAUGGUACAGGCAUAGCCAGAUACUGGAGAAUCUCUCAGAUAAAUAUGUGCUGAUUACUGGAUGUGACUCUGGAUUUGGGAACCUGUUGGCAAAGCAGCUGGACCUGCGUGGGAUGAGGGUUCUGGCAGCUUGUCUAACUGAGAAGGGAGCUGAGGAUCUGAAAAAGGAGGCAUCUAGCAGACUGCAGACAGUAAUCUUGGAUGUGACUGAUAGCCAGAGUGUAAGCUCUGCUGCGAAGUGUGUCAGUGAUAUUGUUAACACCAAAGGACUUUGGGGAUUGGUGAAUAAUGCAGGAAUUGGUGUCCCAAUUGCAUUCAAUGAAUGGCUGACAAAGGAGGAUUUUUUCAAGAUACUAAAUGUUAACUUGUUGGGGGUUGUUGAUGUCACAAUUCAGAUGUUACCUCUGAUCAGAAAAGCCAAAGGACGUGUAGUCAAUGUAGCAAGCGUUGCUGGAAGAGUGACGAUGUGUGGGGGAGGAUACUGUAUGUCUAAAUAUGGCGUCGAAUCAUUCUCCGACAGCCUGCGGCGUGAGAUGGUUCCAUUUGGUGUCAAGGUAUCUAUUAUUGAGCCUGGUUUCUUCAAAACAAGAGUCACUGAUGGCGAGAUACUAAAAGACUGCCUGACCAAAGUCUGGGCACGUCUCCCAGAAGAAGUCCGUAGGGCCUAUGGGGAAAACGUCUAUGAAAUAUAUUGCAACACUUUGGAUCAAAGUCUACCAAAAUGCAACACAAAUCUGCACCUAGUCACAGACUGCAUGGAACAUGCGCUGGCUGCAGUGUACCCCAAAACACGUUACUCUGCUGGAUGGGAUGCUAAACUGUUUUUCCUACCUCUUUCCUAUUUACCAACAGCCUGGGUGGAUGCCCUCAUGAGGGUAAAUCUGAAACCUGUGGACGUUAGUGCAAGUGACUGAAUAGAAGUCAAUUAAUUAAUUUAGAACCUUUAGAAUAUGUGUAGACCCAUUAUUAUUACUAAAAGUUUUAGCAUUUGAAGUCCAAAGUGUGAAAUUUUAAAAAUGUUAAGUAUUCUACACUUUUCUUUUCUGUGCAAUUUUUUUCUGUUGAUGGAAUACAUAAUAAAUGUUGAGAGAAUCAUCUUUAAAUGAA